AUGAGAUCAUCUUGGAACGCUGUCGGAAAAGAAUCCGUCUUGUUAUCGGAACACAUUUUCAAUUCCGAUCAAGGGAAACAAUUCAUUCUCCAGGUCCGUAAAGGAGAUUUAACCAUGGAGAAGGUUGAUGCUAUUGUCAAUGCUGCCAACUGCCGUCUUCAACACAUUUCAGGCCUUGCCGGAGCCAUUGUCAAGAACGGAGGUAAAUCCAUUCAAAUUGAAUCAAACAAUAUCAUCAAACAGUUAGGAAGAGAAUUAGAGAAUGGAGAAGUGGUUGAAACCUCGAACGGUGAUUUACCUUGUAAAAUAGUUUUCCAUGCUGUGGGCCCAAUUUGGUCAAGUUUUAAGAGCAAAUCAACUCCUGUCGGAACUGAACAAGAAGAUUUUGAAUUGAGCAUGUGUGUGGAAGCUUGCUUGACCAAAGCACUUGAAAAGGGAUUGAACUCGUUAAGUAUUCCUGCAAUUUCGAGUGGAAUUUUUGGAUAUCCAAAAGAUCGAUGUGCCAAAGUGUUGUUUAACACAGUAGAACAAUUCUUUAAGGAUUAUAAGGAUAAAAUUCCAGUAGACCGAAUGGAAGUGAGAUUUACAAAUUUUGAUGAUGAAACUUGUAAUAUUUUCUCGAACGAAUUUAAGCGCAGAUAUUGA